AUGCUAUCGCAUAAAUUGGGAUUUACAAAUGAAAUCAGUGAACCAAUGACACUGGCUGAAAUUUACAGUCAAACCCUUCUUGUCGAUUUGAAGCUAUGUCAUCUAGUGCAAGAAUCAAAAAAAAUGAUAUCGUUUCCAUUUGUUGGUAUUAUUAUAAUUCUCACUCCGAUAGUUGUUUAUAUACUAAAUUUAUUUCGUAAGCAUGCUAUUUGGAAAAAAGCAUACGAAUCCAUUCCAUCACCACCGUGUGUUCCACUUAUGGGCAAUUUACAUUUACUCAGUUCCGAACGAGAUUCUUUUCUUCGCUUACUCAUGGCAACAGCUUCAAAAUAUCGUGAGCAAUCGUGCUUUUGUAUCUGGUACUCUAUUUGGCCAAUCGUUGUUUUAACAAAUGCUGAUGGAUUAGAAAUCUUCUUUAGUAGUACAAAAGAAAUAACUAAAUCAUUUGAGUAUAAGCUGGUAGAACCAUGGCUAAAAACUGGACUAUUGACAAGCAAAGGCAACAAAUGGCGAACACGCCGACGUAUUCUAACACCGUCAUUUCAUGAUGCGAAUUUAUUACAAAGUUUUUUAAUUAUUUUUAAUGAACAAUCUAGAAUAUGUACAUCUCGUUUCGAAACACUAUCCGAGCAACCGAUCGACAUGUACCCGUUUAUUGCUGCAUGUACACUCGAUAUUAUUUGUGAAGCAGCAAUGGGCACAAGUUGUCAAGCCCAAGUAGAGAAAUCAGAAUAUGUUGAAGCUGUUGCAAGGUAUCAAAUUGGUGAUAUUAUUGUUCAACGAAUGACAACACCGUGGAUGUGGCCUAAUUUUUUAUUUAAAUUAUUUCCUAUUGGUAGAGAACACGAAAAAUUAUUAAAAAUUCUUCAUGAUUUUUCAAGAAAUAUUAUUAAUAAUCGAGCACAACAAUUUGGUGGAAAUCAGUUACAUUCGAAACGUAUGGCAUUUCUUGAUACACUAUUAGCAAAAAUGCAUGAUGAACAACUAACUAUGGAAGAUAUUCAAGAAGAAGUUGAUACGUUUAUGUUUGAGGGGCAUGACACUACAGCUGCAGCAUUGAAUUUUGCUUGUUUUCUUAUUGCAUUACAUCCUGAUGUACAACAAAAAUUACACGAUGAAAUAAAUAGAAUAUUUCAAGAUGAUCUUGAACGUGCAUGUUCAAUGGACGAUCUAAAACAAAUGAAUUAUUUAGAAUGUGUUAUCAAAGAAUCGUUGCGUUUACUACCGUCAGUUCCGUCGAUUGGCCGCGAAGCACAAGAAGAUUUGACAUACAACGGUCACAAAAUUCUUGCUGGUCAAACAUGUUACAUUUUGAUAAAAGCCAUUCAUCUUGAUCCAAAAUAUUUUCCCGAACCAAAUAAAUUUAAUCCUGAUAGAUUUCUUCCAGAGAAUAGUGCACAACAUUCUCAUCAUUUUGCUUUUGUUCCAUUUAGUGCGGGUACGAGAAAUUGUAUUGGACAAAGAUUUGCAAUGUUAGAAGAAAAAGUAUUUUUAUCAACUUUAUUAAGAAAAUUUUCAUUGACAACAACACAAACAAUAGAAGAUAUUCGUUUAGCCGAAGAAAUCAUCAUGAGAGCAGUUGAUCCUAUUUAUAUUACAUUAAAACGUCGCCGUUAA